GAAAAGGAAGACAUGUUGUCCAAUGUUUACGAUCUACUACGAAAAUGUAAAUACACUCGAAAUGCAAGAAUCAUCAAUUCUCAGUACAUCAUUUACAUGUUGUGGAGAGUUAUCGAUUACCAAGGACCAAAUGAGAGACAAUUCUAUAUUCAUUACACAUUUGCCAAAUGACUCGUGCCUUAAAAAUGAAGUGAGGCUUUCAGUGGUUGCUAAUUUGAAGUUGAACUUUUGUCAUUCUGGUUUUUUGACAUUGGGCAGAUUUUCUGACCAAAGGGAGGAGAUUUUUUGGGAAAGGAAAUGGUGCGUUCUGGAAAGUAAUCUAUUGAACAUAUAUAAUUAUCCUCAGGAAAAACAGAACGAGAAACCUCCAAUAUGUACAAUAAAUCUCGAAUAUUGUAUGAUACCUCUCGAGAAGAAUCCAAAGAAUUUCUCUAGAAAAAGAACCUUUAUACUCAAAACUGGAAGGUCGAUUACACUCAACGAUAACAACUACGAGCCAUUGACAAAAAAACAAAAUUUCAUAAUGGAAAAGUAUUUUUUCUUUGCUGACACCAAAAAAGAGUUUGUUGAGUGGACUGAAGAACUAACCUCAGUUUUGAACUGCUUGAAAAGCUGGGGAAGAUUAAUUUUAGCGGACAAUUAUUACCAAUGAAAAAAUCACCAAAUAUGGUUUAAUAUUUCUGUAGUAUGAUGGAGUUUCUGAGUUUUGAAAGUACCUGAAGAAAAAUGUCUUGAAACUAGUAUUGACAUAUUCGAAUCAAUCCGAGAGGUUGAAGAGAUGAGGUGAUGUAAACAUGACUUACUUAAUAAACAAAAGAAAUAAGAGGUAAAGAAAUUCAAAAACAUUCAUAGAGAAUGAAUGAAACAAAUUUGAGGAAUGUUUAUGUUAUUUCACAAAACUGGAUUAUUUAUAUCCACAUCUCAUUUUAUAAGAUACAAUAUGUGUGAUGUUAACAUUAUUAUUAAAAUUUUUACCAGAUAGUUUGAAAUUUGGAAACGAAUCUUACUCAUAAAAAACAUUCAAUGAGUAUUCUAUUUCGAGAAAUUGUUUCAACUUGUUGAACAUUCUGUGAUAAUGUAAUGAUUUUGUCUGAUUAGGAAUCAUGUGAAUUA